AUGGAUAGACUAAUAGGUGACAUAAUUGGGCAAGUACUGGGAGCGCUGGCUAGCGCUAUACUUACAGCCGCUCUAUCUUCGCCAAGUGCAUCAUCAAGGUCGACGUCAGUUAAAAGGGAGAAAACGGAUAAUUCAUCAAUAAAUAUUCCUUCGCUCACAAAAAGCCUACGUCCUCCUCCUCGAGCUGCGUUAGCAGCAUCAAGCGAUAAUGAGUUUGGAAGAGAAGUUGAGCGACUUGUAAAUAUCUCAUUUUCGACAAGUUUUUCAUUUCCAUCAAUGAUGAAAACAUAUUUGGAUGUUAUUAAUUUUAUUAAAACAGAACUGACAAAACGUUAUCCAACAGAAGAAUUUGUGAUUAUUAUUGGGAAACAUCCGUUCAAUUUUGAUAUUGAUUAUGCAUUAUAUAUGGCGGUCGUUAAACAAAAACAGUACAAAGUAUUGGUAUACUCAAUUAAACGGAAUUUAUCCUCGACAUCGAAAGUGGACACGCACGAUGCUGAUAGUGGAACACUGCUAGUGUGGAACAGUUGA